CGAGGGUUUCGGCACGCGCUAUUUCUGGACUCUCGCAGAGCUGGUCGUCGAGGGAGCGCUUCUAACCCGUAUCUGAACUCCGGUGACGAAGCCAGCACACUUGCUGAAUUUAAAGUCCGAACGAGCGAGCGUCCCUGCCGUCCCUCUCCCGGGUGGUGUCGUCGGUGCUCUCUCGGACCACAGUGAACGGUCAACUGGCGGUCGGUCCGCGGGGCUACAUGCUAGAAGGACCCCGCUGCUGCUGGCUUCCCCACGAACUCUGUCCUGUGUCUGCGCGGCUCCUGUCCAGAAACAUUCAGUAAACAGUCACCUGCUCAGUGAGUGUAAGUCCGGACGUUCCACAUCGGCGUGAAACGCUCCUUUAAAUGUUUCACAGCUACAACAACAAAGACGAACGAUGGAGUAAAGUCAGCGGUUGGCGACACACGCGUGUGAGCGCGCGACAAACCUGCCGUGAUUUCUUGCGCGUAAACAAAUAAAUGAUAGAGGCUACAAUGACCCUGCUGUCUCUGUUGGGUCGGAUCAUGCGUUACUUUCUUCUCAGACCGGAGACCUUGUUCCUGCUGUGCAUCAGCCUGGCUCUGUGGAGCUACUUCUUCCACACGGACGAGGUGAAGACCAUCGUGAAGUCCAGCCGGGACGCCGUCAAGAUGGUGAAGGGGAAAGUGGCGGAGAUGAUGCAGAACGAGCGGUUCGGCGGGCUGGACGUCCUGGACGCGGAGUUCUCCAAGACCUGGGAGUUCAAGAGCAACAACGUGGCCGUGUACUCCAUCCAAGGCCGGCGGGAUCACAUGGAGGACAGGUUUGAGGUGCUCGCUGACAUCGUGAACAAGAGCCACCCGUCAAUAUUUGGGAUUUUUGAUGGCCAUGGAGGAGAGGCUGCUGCUGAGUUUGCAAAGGCCCACCUGCCAGAGGCUCUGCGCCAGCAGCUACUGACCUACGAGCGAGAGAGAGAGCGGAACAGAGAAAAAGACAAGGAGAAAGAUGAAAAGAAGGAGCGGGUCAGCCUCUCCUACCCCUCCAUUCUGGAGCAGCAGAUACUGACUUUGGACAAAGAAAUGCUGGACAAGCUCUCUGCCACUUACAAUGAAGCAGGCACCACAUGUCUGGUGGCUCUGCUGUCUGAUAAGGAGCUGACGGUGGCCAACGUUGGAGAUUCGCGUGGAGUUCUGUGCGAUAAAGACGGCAACGCCAUUCCUCUUUCACACGACCACAAACCUUACCAGCUCAAGGAGCGCAAGAGGAUCAAGAAGGCUGGUGGUUUCAUCAGUUUCAACGGCUCAUGGAGAGUCCAGGGCAUCCUGGCCAUGUCCCGCUCCCUGGGGGAUUACCCUCUGAAGAACCUCAACGUGCUCAUUCCUGAUCCCGACAUCAUGUCCUUCGACCUGACCAAGCUGCAGCCCGAGUUCAUGAUCCUGGCGUCGGACGGCCUGUGGGACACCUUCAGCAACGAGGAGGCGGUUCGCUUCAUCAGGGAACGGCUGGACGAGCCGCACUUCGGCGCCAAGAGCAUCGUCCUCCAGUCCUUCUACCGCGGUUGUCCUGACAACAUCACCGUCAUGGUGGUCAAGUUUAAAGGCAAGACCAACGAAAAGAAGUAAUUUAACUUACAAUAGUUACAUCUUUAAAUGAAAUAAUACAAAUAACAAUAAAUAACAUGGUUUAACUGGGAUAAGAGCAAACUAUCUCUGAUAUUUGCAGCGAUUUGCUCUUCAAACAAAAGACUUUAAUGCCCAACGUCCCUUAUAAACACAGUAAUGUGAGAUUGGUCGUGUUAUGCAAUGAAGCAGAUUUACUUUUGUACAGCUGUUGGUGAAUCCACACACAUCUGUAAGUGUGUGUAUGUGUAUGUGUGUGUAUAUGUGUGUGUGUGCGUGUGUGCG